CACCGCGCUGGUGUGACCGGUGUUAUUUACCGUUCUGAAAACUGAGCACCGCAUGGACAGCGGUGCGAUUAUCGCUAUCGCCUUACUGCGUCGGUGUGGGGAUGCUUUAAACCUCCCGCAAAACGCGCGUCGUUUUGCAUAAAAUAUACCUUUGUUCCUAAUUGUCGUAAUAAGUUAUUUGACAUCAAACGAGGUUAAGAUUACGACCGAAGAUGGAGAAUUUUCCAGUUUUAAAAGUGGUAGACUUACUAAGAAUGCUGAUGCUAAUUUAGGUGCAAACUGCGUCAAAGAUCUUGGUGAAGCGUCUACCACCAAACCAAGUAUGAUAUUUUCUGAGGAAAACAAAUUAGAUGAAGCAAUAACAAAGAACGUCUGUCUAUAAAAAAAUUUAUGGGGUUAUCAGGUGCUCAUUCAAUAGCAGAGUAUGGUGAAGCGUCUUCUAGCAAAUUGAAACCGAUAUCCUCCAGAAAAAGUGAGGAACGUAUAUGCCAAUCACCUGGUAUUGGACAUGACUCUGCAGUAGCAUGUUCCAGCAAAUCAAGUGAGCCACUCUUCCGGAAGGUAGAUGAAGACCAAAUAUCUGCGUUCUUUCACGUACACAGUGCUUAAGUGUGAAUUCAAAACCAUGUCCUUAAAUUGCUUCAAGAAAGCUGUCAAAUCUCAUAUUUGCUUGGGUCCAUAGUCUUAAUUAGAUUGCUAUAGAUAUAUUGUUAAAUGAUUCUUCACUUCUCUUGUCUACAUGUAGUAAACCUUGGUGCAACAUGUAUGUAUAUAUGUGUGUAUAUGUAUGUAUGUAUAUAUGUAUGUAUGUAUAUAUGUAUGUAUGUACAUGUGU